GGAGAGUACGUCACAUUGGAGGAGGAGGGUAGCAAUGAAAAAUGAGCUUUCUUAAACAAAUUGCAUGCAGAGGGACAGGCUGCCAGGGCUCAGGCGCUUCGUGGCGGGGGCUCAGCUCUCUUGCCUGCUGGCCACGAUGCAGGAAGCAGCUGGAGUCCUGAAGGAGGGCUUCCUCGUCAAACGGGGACAUAUCGUUCGUAACUGGAAAGUGAGAUGGUUCGUUCUGCUUCAGGAUAAGCUGCUGUAUUACAAAAUUGAAGGAGGCAAGAAGGAGCCUUCUCCAAAGGGCAGGAUCCUUUUGGAUGGCUGCACUAUUACUUGUCCAUGCCUGGAAUAUGAGAACAGACCGCUACUCAUCAAACUAAAGACAAAAACCAAUACAGACUAUUUCCUUGAAUGUUGCUCCAGGGAAGAGCGAGACUCUUGGGCUUUGGACAUCACUGGAGCUAUUCAUGCUGGUCACCCAGUACAGGUACAAGAGCUUCACAGGAUGAAGAACUCUUUCAAACUGCUAGAGAAUAUCAGCCUCCACCACAUAGUGGAGAGGAUGUGUGACAGCAGUACUGGAAUUAAGCUGACCCGCAACUUGGAGCAAGGCAACAGAUACAAAGAGACCUUCACAGGUUCUGCCCUGGUGGAUUGGCUCAUCUCCAAUAGCUUUGCUGUGUCACGAUUCGAGGCCGUCACCUUGGCAUCCAUGCUGAUGGAGGAGAACUUCAUCAAGCCCGUGGGGGCCCGCAGCACGGAGGCCACACGCUACAGCGACCUGUCUGAGCAGUUCCUCGACGACUCCACCGCGCUGUACAUGUUUGCUGAGAGCAGUAAGAAAAAGAGCAGUUCCAAGGAAGAGCUACAAUUUAACAUCUCUGAAUUAAGAGGCACAAUUGUGAAGCAAGGAUUCUUAGUGAAACAGGGCCACAAGAGGAAAAACUGGAAGGUGAGGAGGUUUGUUUUGAGAGCUGAUCCUGCUUUUUUGCACUACUAUGACCCCACUAAGGAAGAAAACAGGCCAGUAGGUGGAUUUUCUCUUCGUGGCUGUCUUGUCUCAGCUCUGGAGGACAAUGGAGUCCCAGCAGGAGUGAAGGGCAAUGUGCAAGGCAACCUCUUCAAAAUCAUCACCAAAAAUGACAUUCAUUAUUAUAUUCAGGCCAGCUCCAAGGCAGAGCGAGCACAGUGGAUUGAGGCAAUCAAACCACUGACAUGAGUAAGGCAGACUCCAUGCCAAAUGACAAGUCACAUUUGUGACCAAGUUUCCUGCUCUCAUUGUCUGGGAGUGUUUUUUUUUCCCUUAGAUAGUCUCUUUUUGUUAUUUGUAUCACCAUAGCACCUAGCAAUUCCUGGCAGACCAGCAUCCUAGGUGCCCAGGAGUCAUGUAGAUCCAGAAUAAUUCCCCACCAAGAACGAUCUAACCAAGAGAAAAAAGACAACAGGUGGAUACAGACAAAUGGGGCUUUACAAAGGAACAAUGAGAUAUAAUAUUCCAAGAUGGAAGAAAAGAAUUCUUUUGUACAAGUAUUCAGUCUAUACCUGACAGAUCCAGGUUGUGCUUUAUCCUAAAGCAGAAAUAUCUUGCUCCUUUCCCCUUUAUAAAGGGGCUCAUAAACUUAAUUAGUUAAGACUGGCUGAAUCGAAGUAAUGAAAGGUCCUGACGUCUGAGGCUGCGUUUCUUGGUAUACCACAAGAGUCUUGUGCUAAGCCACAACCCAGCUGCCAGGAAAAUCACUAUUGCAAAACAAACUAGGGGUCUGUCUGUCCAUCCGUCUGCUCUACCAUUUGGUUCUCUGUUAGGCUGGAAAAGACCAAAGGAUCCUCCUCUCCAGUAUACAGAUUAUUCUUGUGCUGGUAAUGGCCCAUAGCAGUACAGGAUCCUGAGUAUCAAAUCAGACCAGCGGCAGUUAUUCCAGACAAUUGCUGGUGCUGAAUAUACUGGAAGAAAUCACUCAGCCAUAAAAGCAAGACAUUUCCUCCUGAUUAUCACCAUUAAGUCCAUUUAUGUGGAGUACCAUUGGGACUGAGAACUCUAACAGCAGUUCUGACUAUUGCUUUUUCUAUUUUAAGCCAUUAAAUUUUCCACUAUUUGCCUAGUAAACUUGACUUUGAUAUCAUUAAAUAUAAAAAAAAAAUGCAGUGCAUUUCAAUCUCCUGUGCUCUUUAGACACAAUUUUUCUCAGAGGGCAGUUUGAGUAUAUGAAAAUAAUGGUUUCAUACACUGUAAAUUUAGAUCUAUACAGAAACUGAGACAUUCUCCACAACACCAGAGGAUAGGAUAGAAUGUAUGAGAUGAUUAAAACACCAGUCCAGCCUGCUGAUAUACUAUUUUAAUAAAAUUUCUUGUGUUAUCUGA